GGUGAGGAUGUGCAGAGCUGCGGCUGAGAUGAAGAGACACUUCAGCUGCCCUCAUUCACACACGUGGUGCCAUGGUUCUUUCAAAAAAAAGAUCUUUCUCAGAACGUCCUUUGUCCAAGCUGCAGAAUUUGCAAACACAACCUGUGGCUAGGCGAGAUGUUUUCCCUCGCUUCUGCAUGGGGCUAGAAGCUCUAUAAACUUUCACACUUUCCCCAUCCUAAUGGUUUUGCCUCAAAUUCUGGACCUCCACAAAAACUAGCUACUAAUUCAGACCCCCUGCAGAGCAUUGUGGGAUUGCCUCAUCCUCUAGGCAGCUACGUGUGUUCCUGAGAUGGAUAUCGUGCCCUUGUUGUUUUUUAAAUAAGUGACUCAUUCUGACCUUUGGAGCGAGGACAACUCGCGCCCCAUGGCAUGGGUCAAGCUGUUCAGGAAGCCAGGGAGCGGUGGCUUUGGCGCUGGUACAGGAGGUGUCGCAGGUCCAGGCUUGGGGAGAUCGUAUCAGCCAGGAAGCAUGCUCUCACUGGCUCUCACCAAGGGUCUGCUCAAUGAACCUGGCCAGAACAGCUGCUUCCUCAACAGUGCUGUGCAGGUUCUCUGGCAGUUGGACAUCUUCAGGAGGAGUCUGAGACAUCUCUCAGCUCAUUUCUGCCUCGGGGACGCCUGCAUCUUCUGCGCUUUAAAGAGUAUCUUCAGUCAGUUCCAGCAGAGUCGAGAGCGAGUGCUGCCCUCAGACUCUCUGCGUCACGCGCUGGCCGAGACCUUUAAAGACGAGCAGCGUUUCCAGCUCGGCCUCAUGGACGACGCUGCCGAAUGUUUUGAAAACAUUCUGGAGAGGAUUCAUCUGCACUUGGUGUGUGACUCGGGUGAAACUUGUACCUCCAGGUCCUGCAUCACACACCAGAAGUUCUCCAUGACUCUGUAUGAACAGUUUGUGUGUCGGAGUUGUGGAGCAUCGCUGGAUCCUCUGCCCUUCACAGAGUUAGUGCACUACGUGUCCACUACGGCCCUCUGUCAGCAGGUGGAGCGUGUGUUGGAGAGGACGGACAGAUUGCGCUCUGAUAUGUUCAGUGAACUGCUGCAGGCAGCGAACACCAUCGGAGAUCUGCGCAACUGCCCUAGUAACUGCGGGCAGAGCAUCAAGAUCCGCCGUGUGUUAAUGAACUGUCCUGAGAUCGUCACCAUCGGCUUCGUGUGGGACGCCGAACAGUCGGAUCUCACCGAGGACGUGAUCCGCUCUCUCGGCCCUCACCUCAACCUGUCAGGGCUUUUCUACAGAGUCACUGAUGAAAAUGCGAAGAAGCGAGAGCUUCACCUGGUGGGAAUGAUCUGCUACUCCAACCACCAUUACCUCGCCUUCGCCUACCACAGCAAGUCUUCUAAAUGGGUGUUUUUCGACGACGCCACGGUGAAAGAGAUUGGCUCUAAAUGGAAGGACGUUGCGUCUAAGUGUAUCCGAGGACAUUUUCAGCCGCUUCUGCUGUUCUAUGCUAACCCGGAUGGCAGCGCAGUGUCCAACGAAGAUGCCCCUCGACAGACCACCAUGUGCUCCCAGUACAAACCUGCCCUCAACGGGGAGGGGCCAGGGCCAAGGAGACUGGACGGAGGGAGGGAAGCUGCAGCGUCACUGCGCAAUAAUCACAAACACACACUGCAGUCAGCCAGCCGAUUUAAAGUUUUUCCCGACAGUCCGAGAGAGAUGACCCAUGGAGCACAGAGAGUGAGACGAGACACUGACCGAGUCCAUCGCAGGACAGAUUCACUUCAACACAGAGAUGCGACGUAUCCAGGAUCAUCAUCUCCUUCUGAGAACGGUCCUCGCUUCCGCUUUGAUCAGAGAACACCGAGAAUGCCCCGCCCAGAACGCCCCACCCCCCACAUGAGCAUGGUCGGAGGUUCAGCUGGAAAGCCCAAGCCGUCGUGGCGUCCUGUGCGUGAAGUCUUGAACGUAGACAGAGUUCUGAGUGAGCUGGAGCACAGGAAGCAACAGCAGCAGGUCCACGGAAGUCCAUGCUGUAAUCGCCGCCAGGAAAGGGCGCUGUCCGAGCACAGACCCCGAGGACUCAUGACCAUCUACGAGGACGAGACAAGGCCAGAGACAGAGAGCCGCAGUUCUCAGGAGUCUCAACGUGACACCGUGCUUAGGGGUGGAGCCACAGCAGUGCCCAGAGCAGACCACUGGACGAUCCAGAGGACGGAGUCGGGUUACGAGAGCAGUGACAGACUGAGCAGCGGUUCUGCCAACGCCGACUCUCCAGGCGUGGAGAACCUGUUGGGGAAGGAGAUACGAGGAACCAAGGCUCAACAGCUCAGGGCUUCAGCAAACACUCACAGUCGUGUGGACCUUAAAACAGAGGCGGGGCGCUCGCCACUGACUCACAAUAAAAAUGUGUUGAAGCUUCAGGGCCUGAACUCGGAGAAUCUGCUGAAAGGAAGCCCGAAUGUGAGGCGGAAGCAGAGAUACUCGUCCUCAGAGUGUAACAGCUCAGAUGAGACGAGUAACGCAGCGUCGGAGCAGGAGGACAGCGCCUACCGCUCCAGCACCAGCGAGACUGCACCUGCUGAGUCAUCCCUGGCCCUGCCCACUCCACCGUCACGCCCUAAACACACCCAACGGGCAGCAGAGGCCCGGAGAGAGCCACCUUUCCGCCCUCGUCUCCUCCAGACACCAGCGUCUGAUCUGAAGUGUGGAGUGGAGCCCGAGUGGAGAGACGAGGAGACGAGUGAGACGGAGCAGAGCCAGAGUAAAGCUGGAGUCACGCUCACCACGUAUUUCUCUGUGGACAACUGCAUGACGGACGCAUACAGACUGAAGUAUCAUCACCAGAGACCGCUGGUGCUCAGCAUGGCUCCACCUCCCUCCGAUCACGCCAAGAUCCGAGCUGACACUGGUUCAAGCAGCAAUAAAUCCGUCGCAAAGUGGCACCCGGUAACUCCGAAAGGCCUGGACGAGCACGGAUACCUGUGAGGUUGGGUUAUGACUGUGAAAGU